AUGGAUCACAGAGGUCACCCCAGGCAGGACUCUGGCCGUCACUCCCACAGGACAAAAGACAGAGAGGACUACUACAGGUAUUUUCAGCAGGACAGGGACCAGAGCUAUCCACCGCCAGACCCCAGAGAGAGGGACAGACACUGGGCUCAACCUGAUCCCAGCUACAGGGCUAACUUCACCAGUCCUCCGGCCAGACCGGAGCAGUAUCCUUACAACUCCCACCAGUAUCCCUAUGGCCAUGGGCGACCAGAACACCAAAGACCCCAGUCCAGGUAUGACCAAGGGAGAGACAACUCCCAGCAUUACCUCAGUGACUAUGAGGAAAAUCCUUCCAGAGAAAAUGAAGAGGUUUCCUCUUAUUACCUUGGGACUCUAGAGAGUUCCAAAACCUCAGGGUUAUCUUCCAGCAGCUAUGAACUGAGUCAGUACAUCAAUGGAGCUGAACACAGUGACCCUGUCCCACAGCCUGGUGCAGAGCAUGGAGCUGUGUCUCAGAUGUCAGCGCCUCUGAAAUACUCAAUCCCUCAUGCGGUGGUCAGCUUCGGACCUGCAGGCCAGCUGAUUCGGGUCACCCCAGGCUUUUCAACACAGAAGAACGUCAGCCAGCUGGAAAUCCACAGCCUGGAGGUCAUUCUGAGUGAGACACAAGAACAACAGGAGAUGAGAAAAUUCCCUGGUCCCCUAACUAGGGAAGAUUUGCACAAAGUAGAUGCCAUAGAGUUUGCGCACCAGAAGGCAAGCGCCUGCUCGAGAGACGACAAGCUGCCUGAUAAGAGCUCUGCUGCCCUCUUGUGGCAUCUACUGAUACUUCUCUGCAGGCAGAAUGGACAAAUAGUUGGAUCGGAUAUUGCUGAACUGCUGAUGCAGGGCUCACAUUCAGAUGGAAGCUGGGAGUCAGAGGCUCCCACGCUCAUUGACUUCAAUGAGGGCGCGGUUGCUGAAGCACCACCUCAAAAAGGAGAUGACCUGCUCACAGGGAACUGGAGCAGCUUCAGCUCUGAGACCUCAGAAAAGGCCCUGCAGAGCUACACUCAACUGCUGCUGGCUGGAAGAAAGAAGGAGGCUUUAGAGUCAGCUAUGAGCAGCGGCCUGUGGGGGCAUGCACUUUUUCUGGCCAGUAAAAUGGACAACAGGUCUUACACCACUGUGCUGAACAGGUUUACAGGCCAGCUAACAGCCAGUGAUCCCCUCCAGACUCUCUUCCAGCUGCUGUCUGGGAGAAUCCCUGCUGUAGCCACGUGCUGUGUAAAUGAAAAAUCGGGAGACUGGAAGCCCCAUCUGGCCGUCAUGCUCUCCAAUGAGACGGGAGAUCCCGCUGUUCAUCAGAAGGCUAUCAUCACCAUGGGAGACACACUCGCCUCCAGAGGCCUCAUUCACGCCGCCCAUAUGUGCUACCUGACAGCCGGCGUUCCCUUUGGGCCGUUCACACAGAAGGCAGAGAGACUGGUGCUUCUAGGCAGCAGCCACAGACAAUCUUUUGAAGACUUUACAACAAACUCUGCCAUCCAGUGCACUGAGUUGUAUGAAUACUGCCAGACACUUGGGGGCAAAGGUUUUUCAAUACCAGCCUUUCAGGUGUAUAAGUUCCUAUAUGCCUGUCGACUGUUGGACUGUGGGCUCCCAUCUCAGGCCUUCCAUUACUGUGAGGUGGUAGGACAGGCGAUCCUCAGACAGAGGGAGCCUUUCUUUGUGCUGACUGGCGAGGUUAUUAAGCUGGCAGACAGACUGAGACACUCCGAGGGUCAGUUCGUUAGUGAAGCAGGUGUUAGUGGAGCCGUGCAGGAACCCGAAUGGCUGAAACAACUGCGUGCUAGGCUCCACAGUUUCCAGACGGGGAGUUACGACUGUACUGAAACACACCAACCAGUUCCUGAGGGACGCGCUUUUGCACAUGAGGAUAACAACGUGUACUCAGAAUCUGGCUUGGAUGACCAGAACUGUGACCUCCAGAGUCCUGAGCCUGAGCUCCUUUAUUACAGAGGCAGCGAGGAUCAAGAAAGCCUUGUGCAUCAAACCGAAGGAAACACUGAGCAAAUGGCAGAGUUAUCAUGGGAUGUCAGAGGAGCUCCGAACUGGCCACUCGCCAACCCUCCGAUUCCAGUAACCGUAGUUUAUGCUCCCCCAGCACCCGCAGCAGCCCCGAGCCAAGACUUAAGUUAUCAUAACACAGAUAGUACUGAAGUCAGAACUGCCUCACCACAUUGUCCUCUGAGUGAUCUGCCAUCAGCAGCAGAGGGGGCUGGGUCGUUUUCUGGACCAGGCCUGAUGGGCGGUCAGAUCCUGGAGGUCGACAUCCGCCACCAGGGACACGGCCAGCAGAGCAUACCACAAGGUUUAGAGCCCUCUGAGCAGAUGAACACAUCUCCUAAGCAGAGCACCAAGGGGGGGUGGUUCAGUGGCUGGUUCACGUCAAAACCCAAAGAUCUCCAAAAGGAGACUUCGGAGCAGGGAGGCCCAGCUCAGACAGCGCUACCGCCCACAGCUUGAUCCCAGCAGCCCUCCUCUGCAGGGAUCAAUCCCUUUUCAAGGAAAGCCGGCCAGCAGCUGGGGUAUAGGAACUUUGCACAUACCACUGUCCUACAUCACAGGUAAAUUAAGUUUCACUGAGAAACAGAUUUGCACCAUAUUAAAGAUCUUUAAAGGAUAUACAUUAAAUACCUUUUAAAUCUUUUACAUGUUUACAGGAUCACUGACACCACUAAAACCAAAUAAGAGGACCUCACACCUUAACAGUGCCUAUAUGUCUAAUGAGAGCUUUACCCGAGCUUGAAGGAGAUCCAUACCACUCACCAGUGCCCUUUGAAACCCCCACAGCUUGCCCACCGUCAUGUUGCAUGUUAGAUACAGAAAUACUCUUGAUGGACUGACACAGUAACUCAUAUUGCAGUGACUGAAACAGCUGAGGUGGACUUUCGUAAAGGCUGACAGCAGGGAAAUUGUCGGUGGAUGCAGGACAUGUGGAGGGAGAGAGAUAUCUUAACUUGAACCUGGAACAUCAAUGCCAGAAAGACUGAGGGAAGCUGCACAAAAAAGUUUGGAAUAGUUGGUGUAACUGUAACCACCAAUGUAUCUGCCCACUGAGUAUCAGUGUCAUCAGACUCUCACAGCUCAGAUCAUUACUAAAUGAUUAUCCAUGCUAUAUGCUGCAAGACAGUAUGCAUGUGCUAAAUUUAGCUACUGUUCAAGAGUAUCCAUCAAUCCUAUCGUAUCAUCUUUUUAUGAUAAAAUAUCUAUGCUCUUAAACACAAUUAACCAACAUAUCAAAAAUGCAUUAAUUGAAAUGUAAUCCAAUGCCGUGGUCAUUCGAUAGCUUCACAGACGCCAGCUUUAAUCUUCCAAGCUGAGUGAGGAGAAAGCGCAUAGCCAGACUUAAUGAUAUCACAAUGUGAGCAACAUUUCAUUAUUUUUUAUAAUUUUUUUACAAUGUGUAAAAAUGGAAUAGUUUUAGUUAAAAUGUGUUCUCAUGUUGUCAUGCUGCCGAGUUGGACGAUACCACUUGGUUGCGGGGGGAAGGGGAAAUUGGGAAGACCCCCGUCAGGCAAACAGCCAACAUGCAUAACGCCCUCAGCCAGCACACAUGUACAGGAUCAAACUGUUAAAUAUAAACCUUCUUUGUACAGUACCUGUUUAUGUGCUCACGGUAUUUGCACUGCCUUCAUGUUAGAAAGGGACUCAGUAAUAGCCCUGUUAUAUAAAUAACUGUGGGAACAAAGCCAGUGGAGGCUCUUUAAAAUGAAUAUACAUCACAUAGUAAUAUAUACUCGUGGAAUACAUUUUAGAACAAUGUUUUUUUUUAUCACUUUGUCACCUUGUAAACAUGUAACAAAUUUAUUCUUUUUUACAUCUGUCAUAUGGCUUUGUGUUUUAUGUAUUACAGUAUAUAUGUGAAAGCUUUUUUGUACUUCUGUACCAGCACCUGAAAUGUAUUAAUUUCUAGUACAUCUGUGGAAUUCUGCCCCAGAGUAAUUUCUCAGUAUUGUAAAGUGUUAA